GGGAAGUGACGUCCUGUGUUAUUUGUCGUUCUAGAAAGAGCGGAGACACGUACUGUAGAUAGGAGGACUCUAAAGAGGACUUCGUUCAGUCUUCUGUGUAUAAUUAUUUAUAAAUGAGCAACGGGGGAAGGAAUGAAAUCCGGAGAAGCUGUCUAGUGUUUCUUUAACGUAUUAGAGAGUUCGUCGGUUUAUUACAGUUGUUUGUUUCAGUUCCCAAUUAGAUUUUUAUUUUUCCUCCUCUAGCAUCUCUACAUUGCUAAGACGCUGGACACUGCUUUCUUUAUAGCACAGAAAACCUGAAUUCCUCCCAACGCUUAGGAUGGGGAAAGAUUAUUAUUCUAUCCUGGGAAUUGAAAAAGGAGCUUCUGAAGAGGAUAUCAAAAAGGCUUACAGAAAACAAGCGCUUAAAUGGCAUCCAGACAAGAACAAAUCUCCCCAAGCAGAGGAAAAAUUCAAAGAGAUUGCAGAAGCUUACGAAGUGCUGAGUGAUCCAAAGAAGAGAGACAUUUACGAUCAGUUUGGGGAGGAAGGCCUGAAAGGAGGAGCUGGAGGACCUGAUGGACAGGGUGGUACCUUCCGGUACUCCUUCCACGGUGACCCACAUGCUACAUUUGCAGCUUUCUUUGGUGGCACAAACCCUUUUGAGAUCUUCUUUGGAAGGAGGAUGCCUGGUGGCAGAGACACUGAAGACAUGGAGGUGGAUGGUGAUCCAUUUGGAUCUUUCACUAGUUUUAGUAUGAAUGGUUUUCCAAGAGAGAGGAAUACAGUUGGUAGCCAGAUACGUCGUAAACAAGAUCCCCCUGUAAUCCAUGAACUUAAAGUGUCAUUGGAAGAGAUUUACCAUGGCUGCACAAAAAGGAUGAGGAUUUCACGUAAAAGGCUCAAUCCAGAUGGUAGAAGUGUCCGAACAGAGGACAAAAUUCUUACUAUUGAGAUAAAAAGAGGGUGGAAAGAAGGCACCAAAAUCACAUUUCCAAAAGAAGGCGAUGAAACACCCAACACCAUUCCAGCUGAUAUUGUUUUUAUCAUUAAAGAUAAACCUCACUCUCACUUCAAGAGGGAUGGAUCAAAUAUUGUCUAUCCUGUUAAGAUCAGCCUAAGGGAGGCUUUGUGUGGCAUCUCUAUGAAUGUGCCAACGAUAGAAGGAAGAAACAUCCCCAUGACAGUUAAUGAAGUGGUAAAGCCUGGGAUGAGAAGAAGAAUUAUAGGAUAUGGUUUGCCAUUUCCCAAAAAUCCUGAUCAGCGUGGAGACUUAAUUAUAGAGUUUGAAGUAAUUUUCCCAGAUAGCAUUUCUCCAGCAUCAAAAGAAGUACUGAGGCGAAAUCUUCCGGUUUCAUAAAACAAAGACUAUCUGUCAACUGUUUAAAUAGGACACUGGAAAUGCAGAAGACUGGCAAGUCUGUGCUAUCAAAGUGCAAUCUGUAACAACUAGUGGAAUAUUUGAGUUUUUUUUUGUUUGUGGGAUGGGUGGGUGGGGGGAGGAGUACUGUAAUGCUGCAUGAGAAGAAAAGAGUUAAGUACAAGUCAUACAGAUGACUUUUGCAGUAAAAUUUACAGGGAAAACCACUCAUUUUACUUUACAGCUUCCCAAUCAGAAAAGUUUAUUCGUUAUUUUACAUAAUACAAAGUGUAGACAAUUUUUACAAAGUGCGUAUUUCUGAUAUAGUAUUUGAGCCUCCAAGUACUUUAUUUCUUAUAUACCUACCGUAUCUAUAGCAUUACUCAUUUAUACAGAAAUUGGAGGUAGUACUAGAAAUACAUGAAUUAUAAAUAUUUUAGAGCAAAACAUGAAAGAUAUUUUGAUAUGUUGCCUUCCAGUGCACAAAGCAUAGACUGGGAAAAUCAGCUUGGGCUCUUGAACUGCCCCCCAGUGGAAUGAAAGCGUUUUCCUUAUUGCCCCAGAAUGUGUGAGGGCUGCA